UAAACCGCGUAGUGGUAUUCAAUUGUCAGUUGAUUGUGAAAAUGGGGCCUACAAUAUUACUGCUUGUUGGUUUGGUCAUGAUGACCAACGCGUAUGUUCCAAACGUUAAUAACAAAAUACGGGAUUUUUGUAUCGACGACUCAGGAGUCUCAAUAGAAAUGGUCGAAAAUUUGCUGGCAAACCCAGAAAAACAGUUAAUAGACGUGGAAAGUUGUUAUGUACAUUGCAUUUUUACUGAGAUGGGACUCUUAUCGGAAAAUGGCAAUGUAGAAGUAGAAAAGUUCAAAUCACUGAAGGCAUCAGAAGCUCCAUAUAUUGAUCUGACUUGCCUGGAGGAAAUUAAAUCAAUUGAUCAUUGCAACGAAAUGAUGAUAUUAAGAGCAUGCCACGUAUAACUAAUGAAACCUAUGGUGAAGAUAAUGCUGAAGAACUGAGUGAAAAAUGAGAGAGACAUAGAACAAGAACACUGUGUUAAUUUACUGUGUAAUUUGCACACGAAAAUGACCAAUACAAUAAUACAAAGACGUGUAAUUUA